AUGGAGGUCCGGCGCAGGACUCCCUACACGUAUGAUCGGUUCGAUGAAAAAGAAUUUGUUCACCGCAUUAAAAAAGUUGACACUUUUGAGAAGCUACCGCGAGAAUGUGUUAAUUGUACCAGUAGUGGGGGAGGAGCUUCCAUAAUUACCUUUGGGGUUAUCUUUGUUCUUGUCCUUGCCGAGCUCUCCCAAUUCGCAAGUCCUGAUGUUAGCUUUCAUUAUUCUGUAGACAGUUCACUUGAAGGUGAUCUCCCCAUCAACAUUGAUAUGGCUAUCGCGAUGAAGUGUUCUGAGGUCUCAAUGGAUGUGCUCGACUUGGACGGAAAUCUCAUCAGUUCAAGUUCACAAGUGAAGUUAAAGCGAGAACAAACGAAUAACCUCCGAGAGCAGUAUCACUCGUUGCAUCAAUACUUUUGGCUCUCCCAUACGGGCGGUGAAGAGUUUAAUCUCAGCCCAAUGCAUCAUUUUCGUGAGGAUGAGGUCUCAGAAGUCGAGGCCGAUGCGUGUCGAUUUGUUGGCACGUUUAAAACCAGAAAAUCUCCUGGGAAUUUGCACAUAACAACUGGAAAGAUCCAUCAUCUGUCAUUCGGUACGCCACUGGAAAGCUACACUCAUCCACUUGAUGCCGAAGAGGUCAUUUCAGAUGAUCCUGCUCUAAUGUACCAAUAUUUCAUUGAGGUGGUUCCUACCACCUUUAGAACGCGAAUAGAGGAGAUUGACACCUAUCAGUACGCCGUCACUGAACAGGCGCGUUCGAUAAACCACAACAACCAGAGUCAUGGUGUGCCGGGCGUCUUCUUCCGCUAUGACGUCUUCCCAGUGCGCGUAGAAGUUGACGUUUCGGGUGGGAACAGUGCCUCGGUAGUGCGAUUGCUGGUACGCCUCUCCGCCAUAAUAGGUGGUGUCUUUGCGACAGGGAGUCUUCUCUGCCUCCUCCUUCGUGCCAGCAUCUCCUUCUGCCUCCUAGCGAGGGAUCGUUUUGUGCCUGCCACUGUCACACCCGGGCUUUCCGCCUCUGCUCCUCUCAUCCCUGAUUCCGACGACUAA